UAUCAAAUAGUCCAUGAUAUAAAUCUGAUGUUGUAUUUAAAGGUUUCUGACGUAACAACCAGUAUCUGCAGCUAUGAAUCUGAUGGAUCAAGGCAUUCCUUUACACAGAGGGAAACUUACAACAGAUUACAGUGCUCACCUGGGAUAUCACAAGAUAUUGAAAGUAUGAAAAGUGUGUCUCCUGCACCAAGCCAGGCUUCCUCCAGUUCAAAGGUCAAGGCCAGUGACUGGGUUAAGACAUUGAAUUUGAAAACACCUUCUAAAGAUUCACAAUCAGGAGACAUGGACAUUUUAGAGGAUUCAGCAAAAAAGAAAAAAAGAUUCACAAGAGGAGGUUUUGCUGACCAGCUCAACAAAGUUCAAACAAGAGAGCGUUCAUCUUUGAGAAUAUGGUCACAUCAGCAGAAGUGUGGGAAGUCGGAAUCUACAGACUUGACCCAUUCGAAGUAUAUCACCAUUACAGUGGUAAGCUUUGAAUUACUCUACAGCCUUCAGUUGGCUCAAUGUGAGGUUUUAGCAGGGCCGAUGGACCAAGGCGAGAUCCUGGUGCUAUUUUCAACUGCAGCAGUCCAACAACAAAACAUAAAACCAGGCAGCAUUGUUCGUAUUCAUCGUCCAUGGCAGCAGCUGGAGCUGAAACAGACACAGCAGAAGGUUUUGUUAUGUACAAACUACUGCCAUGUAGAUAACAGUAAUGACCUCCAAAUACCAAGGUCACAAAAGUUCACCAAACAGGAAGUGGUCACUGGUCAGUGGAACUGCCCUUGUGUAGCAGAUCUUGUGAACGACUACCAGAGCUGUGCUGCCCAUCUCCUUCCUUGUAUUCCAGCGAUAGACAUUCCACUGGAUGCUGGGUUUUGUGAUAGUAAAGAGGUCAGUGAUACAUCAAGAUUAACUAUGGUACAGUCCACCCAACUGCAGAAUUGGGUAACAUCAUCCACACACACAAUACUGGACAGCAUACAAGGCUCCCCACCGACUAGCUUCACAGGACUUGUUCAAAGGGUCAUACAGACACGACAAACAUCGAGAUGGUGUGUGCUUGUGGAGGAUGUGCAAGGCACUUUGUGUCAAGUGAUCAUUUCAACCCGAAUUCCAGUGUGGGACAAAGUCUUAGAGGGGGAGGGGUCAGUCUUUUCCUUCACUGGCCUCACUGUAAAAAGUCGGACACACAGGGAUAGAGAUGUUGACUUGUUUAGUCUGAUUGAUUCUGUGUGGUCUGGAGUUGUCACAAGCACAAAUAGUCAAGACAGUGACCAGAGGCUGCCCAGUCCUAGUAGUCAAGACAGUGACCAGAGGCUGCCCGCUCCUAGUAGUCAAGACAGUGACCAGAGGCUGCCUGGUCCUAGUAGUCAAGGCAGCGAACUUCCAGGAACCAGCACAGCUGUUAGGCCUGUGGAGUCGCCUGGAUUUUGCUAUGUAAUGAAUGGAGAUAAUUCUGCAGAUAUUGAUGUAACUUCCAUUAGUAACUCUGUAUUGCUGUCUCGGUAUCAGCGUCUAUCACUCACUGAUUUGUCAGAGACCUGUAAGGAAUUGACAGCAGGGAAGCGUUUCUGUUUUGUAGGGAAAGUUUUAGCUAUACUGCCCUCUGACACACAACACAUCCAGGAUGACUCUAGGACUACUACACAUACCAGAAAUCCUCACUGCUACCUGUAUGUUCGUGCUGCCUCCUGGUCGACCACUAUUAUUGUCAGGGUAGCCUAUGAUAUCACACAUGAUACUUGUGGACAGGUCAUGUUCUUCAAGGAUGUGUUUUACCUCAAAGAACAGCUUUGUUGUGAUGUUCUCUCUCAGAUACUACCAGUAUCUGCUGUACCUGAGAGGUGUCUAUCUACCAACUGUCAGAUAGACAAAGAAAUAAGAGCUCUACAAGGGGAGAUCAUUCUUCCAAGUGUCUGCUGCGAGCUUCCUGAUCUAACUCUUUGUAAGGUAUUAGGUAGAGUGAGGGGUGUAGAUGAGAGUUCAGCCUACUCCUGGGAUGUUUGUGAUGACUGUGGAAGUGACAGCCUGGUUACUCAACAAAGGGAGUUGAUCUGUCAGGAGUGUCACAAAGCUGUUACAGAGCCAGUGAACAAGAUGACCAUGGAGAUACACAUGACAUGUGAUGAACUUGACAUUCCUGUGACAGUCAGUCUUCUCCAGGAUACUAUUGAGUGUUUACUGCCAGAGGAGACCACAGAGGAGGGUUAUGACAUUGAAAGUGUCCUUGGGAAAGACGUUGGAACCAUUUACUGUGUGUUGUGUUCAAAACUUGUUGGAGGAGGAAAAGUCAAGUGUAUGAAACUACAACAAGUAGCUGUAGUUUUGUAGUUUAUCACUAAGUGACAAUAAGUUACUGUGAUAAAGAAUGAAAAUCUAUCUGUAUCAGAUAGU